GACAGAGAGAGAAAAAUCCCCACUCUUCCUCCUCCCCGUGGCCAAAUAUAAACAAAUAAAAUCACUUAAAAAGGGAGCAUAAUUUUACAAAUAUAUUUUCGAGGAAAUUAUAACAAAUAAUGAUAAAUCAUAAAACAUGUUAUCGGCAUGAAAGUUAUUAUCAUGGCAUUUACACGACACAGAUUCUUAUUAAGACUUCCAGAGUACCAACCAGAUCCCUCUACUUUCAUUUGUGCAUUGUAUGAAGGAGGCAUAUUAACAUCUUGAACUUUAAAAGCCAUUUUCCUAAUAAUAAUAAUAAUAUAUGCAUAUUUCUGGGGGAAUUUCGCCGAGAAGAACACUUGAAAGAUGCCAUUUUUGUGUAUUUGAGAAAAUGAACGCAAAAGAACACAGACAGGAAAGCGACUAUUCGCCUUCUUUCUCUGUUUAGUAUCCCUACUACUGGACAGAGGGUGGUAGUUUUUGAAAAAAAAUUCUCAGUUUAAACACACUCACACACACACGCGCGCAUACACACGUGGACGAAUACAUUUAGAUAUAUAUAUAUAUAUAUAAAUUCCUAGAAUUUUAAGAUAUUCACCCAUUUAUAUUACAACAGAAUUACAAUGGAUCUUUUACCUACCUUGUAUACAAAUCGUUUAGCCUAUGGUAGUAACAAUAAUUCGAUUACUGGUACAAGUACAAGUACCGUUACUACUCAUAAUAAUGGUAAUUCCGUAGUCAAUGUGAACAGCAACACAGAAGUUAAUCUUCUCCACGGAAGAGAUCCUAACGAGUUGGACGAUAACAAUUUACCUAUGGAAUAUCAUCGUGGAAUAUACAAUUUAAACUAUUCACAUCAUUUCUCUAAUAAUACUGGCGAUAAUAACAAUAGUAAUAAUAAUAAUAACAAUAAUGAUAAUAACCAAGUCCAACAUCCAUAUCACCAGCACGACAAUCAUCCAUUGAAACUUCCACGACGACAUUUAUCUGCUAUUCCUAAUCCCAUGUAUCAUUAUCUUCAUUUAUUCUACAGGAAUCGUGUAGAGACACGACGUAAUCGUAUAGCUAAAACAUUGAGGGAGAUUGUUCAAAUUGCUCAAGAAAUCCUUCAUGAGGUUGAAUUACAAGAACCACGUUUCAUCAGUACACUGAAAGUCAUCAAUACAAGUAAUUCUCAUCAAGCUUUGGAUCAAAAACAACAGUCUCAUGAUCCUGAUCAUGAAGAUAUUAUUGAAAGUACUACGGAUACUUGUACUUCGACUACCAAUACUACUAACAAGAUGAAUAUGAGUAGUAUAAAUAGUAAUACUUCACAAAAUGGCAUUUAUUAUGAUGGUUUACGUGUAUUAUCCUCGAACAGAUUUGAAAUCACUCUGUUUUUAAAUCAAAUGGGUGUUUUCAACUUUAUGGAUGAUGGAAGUGUCCCUGGGGGAGCUGUUCUCAAACUGUCAGAUGGUCGUAAACGUUCCAUGUCGUUAUGGGUUGAAUUUAUCACGGCGUCCGGCUAUUUGUCCGCGCGUAAAAUUCGUGCACGUUUUUAUAGUCUUGUUCAACAAGCUUUACAGAAAUCCAGCUAUCGUGGAGUUGUACGUAUGCUGGGACAGACAAGUGAAGUUAAAUUGUGUAUACGUGAUAAGUAUAUUUUACAAAUUACUCCAGGAUUUCGUUGUAAUGGUCUCUGGCCAAGAUCAGCGAGUCAUUGGCCAAUGACAAUGAGUUCGAGUGGUAAUCAAUUUGGUUAUACAACAAGUGAUAUGACCACCGCCCCCACGACCACCAACACCUCACCGAGUACGCCUAAAUGGCCAUCCAGUCAAUUGGUUAAUGAAGUGAAACGUGAAGGAUUUUGUCUAUUAAGUCAAGAAUCUGUAUAUACUAAAGAUAAACAAGCGUCCGCUGAAGGUGACGCCUGGUUAUUAGACUUCUACGACGCUGAAGAAAGAUUAUUACUUAGUCAUAAUAUACGUAGACAAUGUUUUAGUAUAUUAAAAACACUAGCUGAUCAAUAUUUAACAGGUGUAAACACCACCGCGCCCAUACCAACAUCCUUAUCCCCUUCGGCGUCGUCAUCACCAUCAACAAUAUCAAUUCAUCACAGUCCUCCUGUGAUUCAAGAAUACGACAUUAAAACUCUUGUCCUUCAUGAAUGUGAAAAACAUCCAAAAGAUGAAGAUUGGACGGAAUACACUCUAGGGGAUCGUAUUAACGGAAUCCUGCUACAGUUAAUCUCAUGCCUACAGCAUCGUCGAUGUCCGCAUUAUUUCCUUCCACAAUUGGAUAUAUUUCGUGGUUAUUCAUCCAAUGGUAUGGAUAUUACAGCGAAACAAACAUGGGGAUUAUUAAGAAAAUUAUUAACUUGUCCACAAGCCCUUGAACAUCUCUAACAUACUUACCGCCAUUAAAAAAAUUGAAUAUUGAUCAUUCGACAGUGACUAUUGAAUGUGAUUGAAUAUCUAUCUGAGUGAUGCACUCACUCACUCGCUAUAUAUAUAUAUAUAUAUAUGCGAAAUUAAAUAUUUUUAUUUAAAUUAUAUGAUGAUGAUUUAAAUUUGAAUCCUUUUUUAUAUUUUGAAAAAUAUUGUAAGUUAGAUGUUGUUUUACUGGUUCCUUAUGGGUUUUUCUUUAAUUUUGUUUUGCAUGAAUUUGUACUUUAAGAAAGUUUACUGAAUUCAUUAAAAGUAGUAUGAUGAAAUUUAAAGAAAAU